AUGCAGUUGCCAAAGUAAAGUUUAUUUUGUUGGAACGUUACAAAACGUAAUAGCUGCUCGAUUACUAAGAAUUUGCAUGUUUUAUUCGUGUUAAUAGCUCCGAUCGGUUCCGAUCAUUUAUUUUUAUUUUCACGAUAGACGAUUUUCUACAAGCAAGUCUACGUUCGAAAUUACUCCUCUCCCCCCACCCUUUGCGUUUCAGUCUGUCUCCUUUUAUUCGAGCUUCAGCGGCAGUACCUUCUGCUGUUUGACCGACGUAACAGACCAGGGAAUUCGCUUGACAAAAUGUAUGGAAAAACUAUCGGAAAACAUCAAGCUGCCAAAGAACAUGCUUUGGCGGUAUCGAGGGACUUCGUUUCACAGCCUCGGCUCACAUAUAAAACUGUGUCGGGUGUGAAUGGACCAUUGGUUAUAUUGGAUGAAGUCAAAUUUCCAAAGUUUGCAGAGAUCGUUCAAUUGAAACUAGCCGAUGGUUCUAUGAGAUCCGGUCAAGUGCUGGAAGUGUCUGGUUCUAAAGCCGUGGUCCAAGUAUUUGAGGGUACUUCCGGCAUCGAUGCAAAGAAUACGCUAUGCGAGUUCACCGGCGACAUUCUGCGGACACCAGUGUCCGAAGACAUGUUAGGGCGUGUCUUCAAUGGAUCUGGAAAACCAAUCGACAAAGGCCCUCCAAUUCUUGCUGAAGAUUUUCUAGAUAUCGAUGGUCAACCAAUUAAUCCAUGGUCGCGUAUCUAUCCAGAAGAAAUGAUUCAAACUGGUAUCUCGGCCAUCGAUGUUAUGAAUUCCAUUGCUCGUGGCCAAAAGAUCCCAAUUUUCUCGGCUGCUGGGUUGCCACAUAACGAAAUUGCUGCACAAAUUUGUCGUCAAGCUGGCCUUGUCAAAGUACCUGGAAAAUCCGUUUUGGAUUCUCACGAAGACAACUUUGCUAUCGUGUUUGCAGCUAUGGGUGUAAAUAUGGAAACUGCCCGUUUCUUCAAGCAAGAUUUCGAGGAAAACGGUUCUAUGGAAAACGUGUGCCUCUUCUUGAAUUUGGCCAAUGAUCCUACUAUCGAGAGAAUCAUUACCCCGCGUCUUGCUUUAACUGCAGCCGAAUUUUUGGCUUACCAAUGCGAGAAACACGUUCUAGUAAUCCUUACCGACAUGUCUUCUUACGCUGAGGCGCUUCGUGAAGUGUCAGCAGCUCGCGAAGAAGUACCGGGACGACGUGGUUUCCCUGGUUACAUGUACACUGAUUUGGCAACCAUAUACGAGCGAGCCGGUCGUGUCGAAGGUCGUAACGGUUCCAUUACUCAAAUUCCAAUUCUAACUAUGCCAAACGACGAUAUCACCCAUCCAAUUCCCGAUUUAACCGGAUAUAUUACCGAGGGACAAAUUUACGUUGAUCGUCAACUUCAUAACAGACAAAUUUAUCCACCCGUUAACGUACUUCCGUCUCUCUCGCGUCUUAUGAAGUCUGCUAUCGGCGAAGGUAUGACACGAAAAGACCACUCUGAUGUAUCUAAUCAAUUGUACGCCUGUUAUGCUAUUGGAAAAGAUGUACAAGCUAUGAAAGCAGUUGUCGGCGAAGAAGCUUUAACACCGGAUGAUUUAUUGUACUUGGAAUUUCUUUCGAAAUUCGAGAAGAAUUUUAUUUCUCAAGGGAGUUACGAAAAUCGUACUGUUUUCGAGUCAUUGGAUAUUGGCUGGCAAUUGUUACGUAUCUUCCCUAAGGAGAUGCUUAAACGAAUCCCUGCCAGUACUCUUGCUGAAUUCUAUCCAAGAGAUUCCCGUCAUUAAUUUUUUUUUUACGCCUAUAAUUCAAUUCCCAUCUUCCUAAAUCCUCUAUGAAACAGUGGUUAAUAAAAAUCGAUGAAUUAUAGCAACCUGACCUACUUCAAGAUCAGAAUGGAAGAAAUUAAUUGUGUAUAGAGUUUAAAAAAUGUAAGUCCUGUGUCAGGAAAGUUAUAAUAUUUUCAUUGAUCGAAUUGAAAAUAAGAGUCAAGAAAGUUAAAUAAAACUGUUACUAAAUGUUACAAAAGAUAAUUAAAUACGGUUAAAUGCAAAUUGAGAGGCUGGAGAACGACAAGUAAUGUGGUACUAAAAAUAUUUGUACAAAACUUGUAUUUAAAAGGUCAGAAUCAUGUUGUGCUGUUUAACGUUAAUUCUAUAGCGUUAAUGUAACAUUAAUUAUAACGAUGUUUUCUGUUUUUGUGUACACUUACAGAAAGUAAUUGUGUAAAAUGUAAUAUAUUACUCAGUAUUAACAUAGAAACAGAGAUACGAUCAUA